CCCAGAAUGCAUUGCAACACAUGGUCGCCAUUUUUGUUAAGAAGUGGGCUAGGCAAAGUUACACGACGGGACAGUCGGAGUGUUGGUUGCUGUCACUAAUUUUUAGCGCCUCGCACGGCGACUUCACUUUGUUUCUCGUGAAUGUCAAUAAUUAUAAUGGCUGUAAAGUUUAGAGUACUUGGUCCGAGGUAGGAUUGGCAAACUAUCCACUCGGUGGCGAAAAAAAAAAGACAGAAACACUCCCUCUGUCGGGAGGUAAUCAUGGCCGACAAAAUCUGUGGCGAUGGCAUUGGGAACAGUACUGGAAGAUUGUAUAACGCCGACGUAGAUUUAAUAACACCGUCUACAAUGUACGGCAGCAGCCCCGGCGAACCGAGGACGUUGGUGCAAUCUGUGGAUACCGCGGGACCGAAAAAGAAGCCGACGUCGUUUCAAAUCACCAGCGUCACCGUGCAAGGGUCCCGGUUAAGCAACGACGGCGGUGACGAGAGUGCCGACGACUUGGACGAAAGCCACACGGAGGACCUGAGCUCCGACAUUCUGGAUUGCUCCAAGACCACCGACACGGAGCAGUUGUCACCGACGGAAGACACCACGGCGGCCGUGCCGCCCGCCCCCGCCUCGGAGGCCGACCCCCCGGUGACGGUCAGUGCUGCUGCGCCCAGCGAUCCCGUGUCGGGCUUGUCCACCGCGGUGUCUGUGUCUCCGGCGGUGGUUACCGGCGCUGCGGGCACGCUAGCCAUCGUGGCUGGCGCGCCCGCGGCGCCCAGCACAACCGAGGGCCCCAUCAACCCCGACCACUGGCAGCGGCGCUUCAAGGUGGUCAAAAUCGUCAGCUCCGAGCCGUUCGGCCGAGGACGCUGGCUAUGCAUGGACUUUGUGGACCCGCCUGCCAUGCAGGCUGAUGCCAAGGCCGGCGAAGAGCGCGACAGCAACACCGCCGCCGCGGACCUCCCGCCGGCCGUGUCCAACGAAGCGGUGGCCCACGUGUACGAAAUUCCGGUCGGCCAGACAUACCCGGCCAACAGCCAGCAGAGCGGGCCUCUGUACGGCAUCAUCUUGCCGGUGUCUGGUCAGGGGGCCUCGCCCCUAAGCGUGCUUCAGCCGAUCGGCGAGCAGCAGCAGCAGCAGCCGACAGCGGUGGCCGAACCCGCAGCGGCUGUCCCACCGAAGCCGGCUGCGGUGGUCACACCUGCGGUGCCCGAACAACAGCAAGCUGUCGCAGCCGACGUUGCUGCUGCAACCCAGACCGUCGAGCCCAUCCCCGAGAACGCCACCAAGUCAGCCACGGAGGAAGACUCCGAGAGGUUUCCUGGCCGUGUGGCGAGGGUUCCCUCCCGGUUGCCCUUUGGCAAAGGUGGCCACAAGGCAAAGGUGCAUGAUUUGCUCCUCACGUCGGCUGGGAGCACGGUGGCAAUCGACAACAAAAUUGAGCAGGCCAUGGACUUAGUCAAGAGCCACCUCAUGUUUGCUGUGCGCGAGGAAGUGGACGUGCUCAAGGAAAAGAUAACAGAGCUGCUGGACCGGAUAGCUCAGCUAGAGUACGAGAACAACAUCCUGCGUGCCGGCGCCUCGCCGGAGACGCUGAGUCUACUGGCUCAGUCUACACAACAAGACGGUAGUGCCAGUGUCACAGCCGCAGCAGACGAUAGCGGCAGGUGGCCCAGCCGGUCGUGGUGCCGGCCCAGCCCGCAGUUGUGGUGCCAGCCCACCACCAGCAGCAGCCGCAAGCAGGCACCUGUUGCCUCAGUGCAACCUGUGGCCAUGCAGCCAGCUCCAGUGCAACCAGUGCAAGCUCCGCAACUUGUUACGGUUGUCCAGCAGCCACAACAGCUGGUACACCAGCAGCCGCAGCAGCUGGUACACCAGCAGCCGCAGCAGCUGGUACACCAGCAGCCACAACAGCUGGUGCAUCAGCAGCCGCAUCAGCAACCACAGCCUCUGCCUUCGCAACCUGUGCAGCUGCAGCACCAGCCCCACUUACCGCAGCAUCAGCAGCAACACCUACAACAAAAACAGCCCUUGCAACAGCCGCCACCCACGUAGCUUCUGUGUUAGUUGUACAUAGGACAGUUUAACCGGGAAAGCACCACUCGGUGGGGCGAAAAGGGAUGCAAGACAAGAAAGGACCAGUGUGCUUUACGUAUGAAGUGUCUUAGGUGUACAUAGACAGUGUGGCUUCCUUUCAUUUUUUUUUUUUCCACAAGUGAACUGGUGGGGUGGAAUAGUGACGACCGACCUGGUUAGCCGGUCCCUGUUGCCUUCUCUUUCCGGAAGAAGUACGAGGCGCUGUGAUGAAAAAAAGGUUCUGUGGCGUUCCUCUCUGUGCUCCCUACCCCUGUCUCACUGCAUUUCCUUUUUUUUUUCCCUCACUCUACUCAGCCAUGUGCCUCUGUCUCUCAUGUGUUAAGGAAAACUAUAGUCGUCACCGUCUUUUUCCCCGUUUUUCUUGACACAAAGUACUUUUUGCUCAUCUUGGUGGCGCGAGCACACCUGAGUCAUUGCUUUAUUACUUUUUUUUUUACUUUGUCCUUUGUUGUUAUGUAAAGAAAAGCAAAGUCUGGUCACAUGCAGCUUGCGUCCCAAGUGUGUGGUAUAUAUAUACAUACAUAUAUGUUUGUGUGUGUGCCGAAUCUGGCUUGAGACAAUUGAGAUGUCAGCAUGUCUUGGAAUGCUCACAGCAGUCAGUUUUGUGUGGUGUGAAUGAUUGGACUAACGUUUCUAGAUAAGCGACGGAAAAAAAAAAUACCCGCGAGACUGGCAGCCUUUUCAGAAAGGUGCAUGCAGGUUAGACUUCUAGCUUCUCAGUAAUAUAAGGACUGAAGAAAAAAAAAAAGGCAUCCUGUUAAUGAGCAGUUCCUAUCCUCCUGUCAUUUUAGAAUCUUCUGACCCAACUGCAUAUAGUGUAUCAGCAUGGGUUGUGUCCAUUCCUUUCCACUCAAGUUUUGACAGAUGGAAUUCCUUGUUGAGCUCUUUGCAAGCUUUAGUCAAGUCGGCAGUUUUGCUUCAGUGAAGGAGACUAAUGGGGAUGCACUUUUUAGUGAGUUUUACUCUGUUUUGGCCUUAAUGUGCAGACUCGUUAAAGCAUUAACCCCCUUCCCUCCUUUUUUAUUUACACUUGGAAAGCCUAGAUACUUUUUCCUCCUACUGGUGUCUGACAUGGUAGCUCUUGUAAUGCCUGUAUAUAGGAUGCAAAAGCGAAUAAUUUAUAUGGCAUUUCUACUGCUGUAUUUGGGCAACUGUCUUUGCCUAGGUCAAUAAAGCGCAUAUUUUUGUUAGGGAUGAGACGAAACAAAGCAAUUGGCUAUGCUGGUUUACUUGCUCUCUAAUAAUUAACUACCGACAUAUAGGGUAUCUGUUCGUCAUGCUGUUUUACAUAUUUAUUAGUUUUAAUCAGCUGCUGCAGUUCUUCGGUAAAAAACAAAACAA